AUGGUCAACCUCAAGAGCGAUAGAGAAGAAGCUGUCAAGGAACUUUUCCCCAGACUUCUAUACAACUUCUCCGAUGUUGUGGUCCACGUCAUGACAGAAAGCACAAUGAGAGAGAUGGAGUCUGAAUUAACACGGCUCAUUCAAUGGGCUCAGAACUCUCUACACACAGCUGUCAACAGAGCCAUUCUGCCUCGACUUAUCGUUAUAGUCAACAAAUGUCCGAGAGGUGUUAAAACUUGGGAUCCGAUCCAAACUACGGAAGAGAUUUUGCAUCAACAGAGUGAGAGUGUGAAGCACAACAAAGUUAUGCAAUCUUACUUGAAAAUGCACGGUUUUAAAUUAGAAAAAGAAGAACAAGAAGACGCUUCCGAAGGGGAAGAAAAUGCCGCCAUCGAAGUAAAUAAGGAAAAUCCCGUCGAAGGAAAAGAGGAAGUGCCUGUCGAAGGUAAGAAAGAAACCCAAGUCGAGGGAAAAAAGGAAGAUCCCGCCGAGGACAAAAAGGAAGACCACGUCGAGGAAGAAAUCCAAAAGCUUGUCGAGGACAAAAAGGAAGAUCCCGCCGAGGACAAAAACGAAGACCCCGUCGAGGAAAAAAUCCAAAACCCUGUCGAGGACACAAAGGAAGAUUCCGUCGAGGGAAAAAAAGAAGACCCCAUCGCAACGCUAGGCAGCCUGCUGGGCCGCUGCUAUUCUUCUGUUGAGAUUAUUCGUCUCCCAACAGUGGAUAAUCAAGAUGUAUUCUCUGAACAACUUCAGGCACUUGAUGAAAGCAUUAGAGACGCUGUAUCGAAAUCUGAAAAACAGAAAAUCGCCUCCAGAUGCUGGAUUACAACUGAAAUGCAAAGCAGACUAUUUACAGCAGCUUUUGACCACUACAAAGAGAGUCUGGAUAAGCCAUUUGACUUCCUUGAGAGCCUAUACUCAAUAACGCCAGUUGAGGAUAGCCUGGCUACAUCUUGCUUCGAACUGCUGAAGCAGGCUAGAAAAGCUGGCCCCGGAACGAACAAGCUUAUGACAGCAGAGGAAUUUCCCAAGGUCGUCACACCUGUUCUGUGCUCUAUGGUUGCUCUCGACAGUUGUCGUUCACCCAUAAAGUACCCUGGAAGCCUGAAAGAUAGAUACAGGGGCAAGUCUAUUGAAGUACACGACUCCCAUGAAGUCGGCCUAGGUGACACCAGCACAAUGACAUACCAGGUGCGAAUGAGCAAGGCGUUGGCUGAGUUCCUUGAUCGAGCCUGUCCUUGUGAGUACCAAGACAAAAGCGGCAACAUAUGUGUCAAUUCUCGCUUAUCACAUGACAACGUUUUGCAUCACCAGAAUAGUUUCGGAACAGUGAUUGGGAAUGGCACGUAUGAAUCAGACUUUGCGGAUAAAUUGUUGUUAUGGUGGGAUAAAGAAUUCGAUGGAUAUAUAAACGCCGCGGACAUCAAACUAGAUGGAACGACAUCCUCUGUUACGUUGCCGGGCCAGCUUGAGAAGGGAGACGAGCGAUUGACUUGGGCGGCCCAUUUAAAAGUUAUUCAACAGCUCUAUGGCAUCAUGCCAGCUCUGAACUUCACUGGCAUGGGCAUAUGUUGCUGGUGCUUCAACAAAUCAGUGAGAUUAUUAGAUUGUGGACACGAUAUUUGUUGGAAAUGUGCCCAGAUGAUGGGUGAGCAGGUGGUAUUCGAGAAGGUUGAUCCAUUCUUCAGGAUGUACAAUUGUAAUCUCCACCCAAAAACUCACACCUUCGAGAGGCCCAUCUAUAUUCAUCUCGGUCGGCCUCGUGAGUAA